AGCAGGUCAGGGGCGCACAUAUCAGAACGGUGCGGGAAGGGCUAGCGGAGGCAGAACGCAAGACACAAGAUCGCCUGGGAAAGCGAAGGUGAAGCUGAUAGGGAGGAAUCCUGGUGUGCGCGGCGGCCUGAGGGAGUGUGUCGGCGUGAGGCAGGUGUUGACGGAAAGAGGUGGAGGAGGAGGAGGUGUCGCGUUGUGUGGUAGCGUGACGGAAGGAGUGGCAGCGACAGAGGUGACCCAAGCCCAGGCAGCAGCACGUGGCGGUGUAAGUGUUGGCUCCGAGGUGACUGAGCAGAGCGACCCGCGAGGCAAGGUGACGGAGGUGCUGCUGGGGAUCGACACGCGGAUUCAGCAGCGGAGUGAGCGAAAAUUAGUGUCGGAUUCUCAGCGACGUCCUAAAGACAAAGACGAGGUAGUGAACGGGGAGGCGUGUACAAACUUGACGGAGAAGGAGGUGGAGGAGGAACCGGAGGACGGGGAGAAAGAAGGAGAGGAAGAGGAAGAGGAGGAAGUGCCUGGGGUGGUAGGGGCGAGAUCGCUGGCCCUGGAGGAGCGAGGGCGGAGGAGCUGCUUGGAAGGCAAGAAGAGGGUGAGGUUUUCCGUCUCGAGGAUGGACUGCGACACCAACUUCAAGCUGACCAUGUCCAUCAAGAAGGAAUCGGACGGAGUUCCUGUGUUCUUCAAGGUGGACGGCAACAGGUUUAAGAAGGAGCGUACAGUCAAGCUGAUGGUGGACACUCGGUACCGCGUCGACUUCUCCUUCAAGCCCACCCAGACCAUGACAGGAGCGAUCAUCUGCGGAGAGGAGGUAGAAACGACAGAGAGAGUAUACGACUCCACAGCCUCUGCCUACAGCUCGCGCCUGCACACAGAGGGCGCCCUUCCCUCGCCCAAAGGACACCGGGACGACUUGCCCUUCGUGGUCCUGAUGAAGGGCGGCCUGGUGAUGCAGAUGUCGCUACAGGUUAAGUUCUACAAGUCCGGCGACUCGCAGCACUGUGACUGGGGCUCCACCUUCCACUGCAUCGAAUAUGACUGCGAGACCCACACGGACGCGGGCAUUGUGGCGAUACUUAAGGAGACUGUUCGGUAGACGCCACCCAAAGGACCUUAUUCUGAAACACUUCUGCGCUGCACCUA